AUGUGGCAAGGCACUCGAAGACUAUUUUCAACCCCAAUCAGACCCCCAACAGGUGGUGGUGGCGGAAAGAAAGUUCUUGCAGCGCUCGUUAUUGCUGGAAUAACAGGAGCAUAUGGGUAUUUCUUUGUUCAAGAAAAUAAACAGCUAAGCCAAGUUUUCAGAGACAUGCCUCAAGUAAGAUUCCAAGAAGACACGAAAGUCGAAGAAAAGCCAAAAACCCUCAAAACUCCUGAAGAAUUUGCGCUUAAUCAAGUAAAAGGAGUAAACGACAGACAAAAGUUCAUGAAUUUUGUAAGUGAAAAUCUUAAUGGACCGAAAGCAACAAAAGAAACAACUGAUAGCAAAAAGUCUCUUCCUGAGACAAUUAGUGCUGCUAAGCCUGAACCUUUAAAGAAAGAAGCUCCAGUAGAAAAGGUACAAGAAGAAAAGGUUGAAAAGAAAGAAGAAAAAGAGACUGUAAAGGAGACUCCUAAAGAAGAGCCUGAAGUUAUUGUGCAUAUUGUAGAAUUCAAGCAAGAAGCACCUCAGAAACUGCCUGAGCAAGCCAAAAAAGAAGAGCAUCAUAAAGUUGAGAUUGUUGAUGAGCCUAAAGAAGAACAGAUAAUAAAGCUUGAAAAUCCAACUAAAGAAGAAGUCCAAGCUUCUCUUGCAACUGAACAACCCAAAGAGUCUCAUGAUCAUGCUCAGCAUCAAGAAUCUCCUAAAGUCAGUCCUCAUAGCGAGCCUCCAAAAGCUAAUGAACAUGUCCACGAAUCUUCGAAAGAAACAGAGCGCGUCCAUGAGCCAGAAAAAGCUACAGAACACGUCCACGAGCCUGCAAAACCCACUGAGCACGUCCACGAGCCUCCAAAAACUUCUAAAUCUACAUCUACAGAGCCAGAACAGCACUUGCAUGUAGAAAUGCCCUCUCAACAAGAAAAAUCCUUAAUUAACCCAGAAGAUCUCCAAAAACUAAAUGCCCACAACAUAAAAGAUUACCUUCACAAGCUAAAAGAAGAUCUAAAAAAAGAGCACGAAGAAAAAGAACUGCGAAACUUUGACAUCUUCUUCGAAAAAAUCCAAGAAAUCAAGCGCAGCAUCAAAGCGAAAGCCAACGAAACCAUCAAAAAACACGAAGAUGACGCAAAAGCUGUUAUUGAGCUCAGAGACCGUGACUGGAAAGAAAUCCUUGAAAGAGAAAUUUAUGACGCCGAGCAGCAUUUCUUGGCCCAAGCUAAAAUUGAUGAAACUUAUGUAGAACAAAGGACAACCUUAAAUUUAGUGGAAAGACAUGAACAAGAAAUCCAUCAAAUUAAUGAAGAUCUUAAAGCUACCACAGAAGACCGUAUCAGACAGCUUCACGAAAUUUUGGCCAAAAUUAAUGAUAUGGAAGAAAUCCAGAAGAAGUACUAUAGCUCUAUAUUAAAACUUAGCCAAAUCCAAGAUCUGCAUAUUCAUAUAGAAAAUCUCCAAAAAACUAUGAACUGUGAUAAGGGUUCUUUAACUGAAGAUCUUGCUGCUAUCAAAAAACUAGCAAAAGAUGACCAAACAAUUGCAUCAGCCCUUGCCUCAAUUGACGAUUUAUACCCAGAAAUGAUUGAUAACGGCAUCCCUACAAUGAGUCAGCUCCACAAAGCUUUCCAAGAGUCCGCAAAUAAAGCUAGAAAAGCAGCACUUAUGAAAUCAAAAUCUAUAUGGAGCUACGUCACUGCCAAUAUCGCCUAUUAUUUUGUGCCGCCAAAUGUGAGGACAAUUGAUGAUAAUGAUACUUUUUCUCUAUUAAGAGAUGCUGAACUAGCCUUAGAAAGAGGCGAUUUAAAAGAAUUCAUAAAUAGCCUAGAAUCAUUAAAAGGAUUCCCUAGAGAAGAAGUUAAUGAUAUCCUGAAAGAAGUUUCCCUUAGUCCCCAAGAUAGGAACAUUUUUUACUGGGAAAAAUAGGGAAAAUUUCUAUUUCUUGGGUAAAAAAUAGAAAUUUUCUCUAUUUUUCCCAGUAAAAAAUUCUCUAUCUUAGGGGAGAGUUAGACAGAAACUCUCAAACUUGUUAGACGUACUGUCACUGGAGUCAGUUUCUUUAGUCAAGCAAUUGGUCUUAAUUAAGUCUUAA